UAACAAUGUAUUGUUAUAAUCAACUAUCAAAAGCCUCGAUGUUAAUAAAAUAACAUUUUCCCGACGUUCAGCCGAGAAAAUUAUUUUUUUUUUCAAGAAACGUAUUGUCGGUUUUUUUAAUUUUUAUAUUACGACAAUAUUCCGAUAAUAUACUUAUAUCUAUAAUAGAAAACGAAAAUCGUUUUAAAUUUAAACUCGCUAUAAUACUCUAUUGCGAUAAUACCAAAAAUAAUUUUAAAUUCGCAAACGGUACGAGCACUAUAAGAGUACUAUGUCCUGCGUGUACUUCGGUACUUGAACAGUACAUUAUUAUGGUUCGGCGGCCGAUGUGAUCUCGCGAAGUGUGAUUUUUUUUUUCUUCAGAUUAUGCACAUUGUUGAUAUGACGUCAUACAUUUUCCGAGUUGUCCUUGACUAGUGAAAGGCAUCUAUCUUGUCAUACAUGUAAAACGGGUAGGGGAAGUUUUUUCGCGGGGAAAAGAGGUCGUCGAGACUGUUACUUAUUUCGUUUACACAUGCAUUGUAUGCGGUUCGCAAUAAUCUUCGUACAUGUGGCCCGGUGAAGUAUUAUCAUAGGUAUUAGGUACCUAUUCGAUACCUGAGAAAAAUAUACGAAAUGGAUUUGACGAAUAGGUAAGUUCGAGUUUUCAUUUAUUUUGUUUAUUAAUACGCGAUAAUAAUUAUUGAGAUAGUAUAGUUAAGUGUUCGAAUCGCGAUCUUCGAUUGAAGUGUAAAAUGAAUUUAACCGGAAAUAUGAAGUGAAAUAAUAUUACCUACCUAUCGGAAUCUGCAAUAAGAAACAAGUUCGCGCCUACAAAUAGUUAAUCAUUAAUGAUUAGUUUUUUUUUUUUUUAAAUUGUUCAAAUAAUUUUUAGCGUAAUACAUGAGAAAUUAUAAUAUUUUACAGUUCCGUGUAUAAGUCGUACGACUUUUGUUAAUUUAUUGAAACGAUUUAGACUCAGAAACUAAUUAGGUAUACACACGUGCGAUUCCUCUACCAGUACUUGCCUUACAUGUGUAAACAUAUGCAUGUUCUUAUUUACUCUUGUAUCUUGUGUAUUAUUGUCAAAUUACCUAAUGUAAGUUUAAUAUUUUUUUUAACGAUUUACAACAAAUAGUUUAAGCUCUUCAAGUAAGUAUUUCUAAAAUUAUUAAUAUUAAUAUUAUUAUUUUGAAAACUUAAGGUAAAAUAUUAUUAUUUUGGUUUUUAUAGAAUUUCGAAAUUCGACAUGGUCAUUAUAUUAUAUUAUUAUAUUUACUAGUACAAUAUAUUUUAUUAUCUGUCAUAAUGAAACUCGUAUAGACCAUAAUAGAAUUGUAGAAAAUAUUUAGAAAUUUGUAGGCAAUAAUGAAAAGUUUUUUAUCAAACAAUUUUUUUAACUGCUGCCCAAAGUAAACUCGUUAUAAAACAUACAUCACCUAACUAUUUUCAAUAUAUAUACCGUAGAUUCUUAUGGGUUUUGUGAGACAUUUGAGUACUCUACGAUGUGACUAAUUGUUACACAGCUAAAAUUAUUUAUUGAAUAAUUUAUUUAAAAUGUAACAUUUUUAUUUAUGAAGAAAACAAGGAUUCAUAUUUCUCUAUUUAUCUAUUAAAAAACUAAAUAAACGCUGUUUGACAUAUUACAAUAUUAUGAUUAUUAAUUUGAAUACAGCUUGAGCCACAAAUACUCUUGCAAUAAACUGCAGUGUAGGUACCUAUGAAGAAUAAUAUUAGUCAAUAAAAUCGACUUUACGCAUCAUAAUUAAAAUCAUACAUAAAUCAAUGUAAAUUCUGGGUAAUGAACUCGCCUUUGACGAAUUUUAGGAACCGUGAUUCUCACUGUUAUUUGUGUUUUAUUGAACAGCCGUGGUACUAUUUUGUAACAUAAAAAAUUCGUUAUAAUUAUAAAAUAAUAGUUUUGAACAACACAUCAUACAAAUUAUAAUUUAUUUAUUCCUUACGUCUAAGAAAUGUGCAACAGCGUGUUUUUUGAAAGACAUUUGCAUUUGUGCAAAAGGGUAAUUUCCGUAUAUCUACAUAAAAAUAAAAUAAAGUAAAACUCGUUCGGGAUUUUAUUUUAUUUUAAUAUUUUAACAUUAUUAUGACCAGUUUCAAAUCUGCAAGCACGUAGAUGGAUACAGAAAACCAUUUUUUUCUUUGGGGGAUAGGAGGGGUGGUUAAAUUUGUAUAGUUGCCCAUAGGUAUAAUAUAAAUGAACCGUAUCAUUUUAUCACCGUAUAUUCUUUUGUCACAUAAACUAAGUACUUGCGAACUUCGUUAACUGAGAUAAUACGUUUCUCGCAUUUGGCUGGUACGAUUAACAUGGGAAUUUUAACCGAUUUUGGUUCUAUGCAGGUAGUUUACACCUCUAUAAUAGUAGACAUGUUUUUCUCUCGGUGGGCGGAAUGUAGUGACAUUUCAAAUAGUUCAAGUUUGUGCACUAUAAUGAAAUAUUUGAAUACUGUUUAUUAUAUUAAAUAAUUCGUUGAUUAAAUACAUAUAUGGGAUUAUAAUGCAUACUAUGUAUAUAAUAAUACAGGAAUCGUGACCAUGAUAUUUAACUAAAUUCCCGCAUGAUGGCAAGCAUAUAUUAUACCUAUAACGAUAGUUUGAUACUGAUGCCGGUGAAAGUGCGGGUGAGCCAAAAACGCUAUAACAAAACAGUUUGUAAUAUUAUUAUAAUAUUAUAUUCUUAUUACUACGAAAAUUGCGUGCAUAACAUCUGAUAAUAAAUUUAGCAUAAUAAUUGUAGGUAUGCUGUUAUUUUUAAGUUUCUCAAAGAACGCUCUUCCCCUUCCAAUUCACUUAAAGUUCACGUAUUUAUAUUUAUAAUAAUUAAUAUACUGAACAGUUUCUUCAUUCGUUAUUGAAGUUAUAAUAUGUUUAAUUAACUGUAGUAUCUAGCAAUUACCAGUAAAAUAUUAUUGCUGGACACAAACACAUACUUGACUAUUUUUAAAUGAGAAAUUGAAUAUUAACUACAGAUUAUUGAACUUGAUAGGAACUAUUUACCUAUUUAACUAUUUACUAUUUUAUACGAGUAUCGAGUAUCGGUUUUUGUCAAUAAAGGAUAAAUAUUAUUAUGAUUAGGUAAAAAUCGCAAAGACUGUACAUGUUGUAUACAAAUUACAUUUCUCUUCUACAUUUUAGUGGUUAUGUUUAAAAAUUAAUUUAAUAGUAUAAGUUGUGUACCACAGAAGUCAAGUAACGCAAAUCCAUUUUUUGAAAUAUUGAGUAACUUCUGUACUCCGAAUAACCUGUGAUCAUUCAUGAUCUUUUAAAGGUAUUAAAACGAUAAAACCAAUAGAUAAAUAAAAACAUAGAUAGUAAGAGGUAUACUUAGGUAGAUCCUAAACUAUUUUAGAAGUAUUAAUAUUAUUUUGUUUUGUCUCUUCUGUAAAAUUUGUUUUUUGUGACUUGACUACUGUGUUACCGAAUUAUAGACAUGACAUUUUCCCGGUUAUAGAUGAACCAAUCUAAGAUCUAGAACAAAUACUUGAGAGAGGGUGGUUAGUGGUUGUGAUGUUUAGGUGUAAAUUAAAAAAAUAUAUAAUAUGACUUACAAAAUAACAAAGUAGCCAGUAGGUAUAUAAUUAACUAUUAUAAUGUUUUAAUCAUCGAUUACCUAUCGUAUUAGAUAUUCAGAUAUAAUAAUACAUAAUUGUAUUUACUUCUGUAUCAAUUAUAUAUUAAAUAUAGUAAAUAAAUAUAAUUUCGUUGUUAACUAUGGUUGUGUGAAAUAUCAAAAUAAUAUAUCUAACGAAUUCGCUAAAAUUUUGAACAUGAAAACAAAUAAUAUAAAAAUCGCUUUUAAGACUAAUAAUAAUUUAAUCAAACAUAUAAACAAUAGAAUUAAAAACUUCACAAAAAUUCCCCUUCUUUUGAAAAUGCUAGUAUAUAUAAACUUAAAUAUAACUGUAAUAAAUUUAAUAUAAGUAAGACAAAUCGAAAUUUUAAAAUAAGAUAUAAAGAACACAUUUCUAAAAUUAAAAUUAAAAAACACUAAUUCAAAUUUCGCUAAAAUAUAAUUAAUAUAAUUUCGCAAAAUAACCAUUAUAUAAGUUUUGAUAUUAAUACAGACUUAGAAAUAUUAAAUACCCAAAAUAACAUUUACAUUAAUUCAGUUUUAGAAGAAUUACACAUACACAAUGAAAUAAAGAAAAAUAAUAAAAAAAUAUUUUUUAUGUUCAAAUCGAUUUUAAAAAUAAUAUCUAUGUUAAUAUAUUUUAGAUAAUAAAUAAUAACCAAAUAAUUUUUGUUUCUUAAUAUAUCUAUGUGUAAUAAUAACUAAUAUUAAAUAAUCUUUCCUAUUAAAAUAAAUUAUUUCUAUGUAAAACGACUAAUUUGUACAAUUUUUUUUCUAUAUAUUCCUUCAUUUAAUCUUUUAUAUUCAGACGCGUUUUACAUUUUGACUGUGAUAUACCUGAUGAUGAAUUUUUAAUUCGAAACCGGUUAUAUAAUACACUUAUUAUAAUACUCCAGACGACACAUUCAUUCAUUUAUUUAUUUUUUAUUUUUAAACAUAUAUAUUUUAUUUAUAUAUUUAUUUACGAGUAUUAACCAUUUUAAUAAUUUUGUUUUUACUUUAUUAUUUUACUAAUUAUAUAUUAUAAUAAAAUAUUCAAUAUAUGAUAUGGUCGAGAUUAAUUAUCUUGACAUUUUUAAUCCAAAUAUUAUAAUAUUUGUGUGUAUAUCUAACCUAUAAGUUUUUUUAAAAAAUCGAUUUAUGAUUCUAAAUUUGAUAUGCCUACAAUAAAUACAAAUAUAAUAUUAUAAUUUUAGAGGUUUCUGAAACUGAAAAUUGAAAAUUGACUUCCUAAGCAAUCUAGUAAAAAAAAAAUCAACAAAUGCAUACGUACUUUAUAAAUUUAACAAUCGCAUUGAAAACUAUAUCUAAUUUCUCACCGCUUAUUGGUCUAAAACUUAUGAAAAUUAAGUGUGAAAAUUAUCUUUAAAAAUCUUAUAUAAAUUAUUAUAUACUCGUAUAUAAUUUUCAAACGCAUUAACUUUUGAAAUUUUCUGUGUUACAGUGCAAUUUUAACCAUUACCUUGGUAAUGAUAAAAUGCAUUUUAGGAUCAACUCAAACGAUAGAUGGUGAAUGUGCAUUUCAAUUAAACGGUCCGGGAAGGACAAGUUUUUUUGAUUUCAAUACUAACACACUGAGAGGUGGUCCACUGUAAGUAUUAUACGCCAAUAUUUUACUAUACAAAUUAAUAGUUAAGGGGAGAUGCGCCGUGCAAUUGUUUACGCAUAUAUUUUAGUUAAGUGUUGAGAUUCUGUGUUAUCUAUUAUUGUAUAUUAUAGACAAAUUAAAAAUAUUUUUAUAUCUUUUAUUCAACAUUCUAGUGGAAUGGGUUUGUCUGGUCAAUGUAUUACCUAUCAAGCAAUUAAUCAAGCGUACAUAGAUGCCAGAAAAAGAAUAAGUAAAUAUAUCAAACUGAAAUUAAAUAAACGCAAAAUUAAUUCUUAAAAUCUAUCUACACGAUAUAAUUAUUUUUGUGGCUUGGUGCAAAAAGGGCUAAUGUCAAAAACAAAUUAAAAAAUUCGAAGUUCAAAAAUUAAACCUUAAGUCCAUAGUUAUAGUAAUAGAUGAUUUUUUUUUGUCAUUAGCAUUUGUUUGUACCAAGCCACUGUAUUAUUGUCUAUUUAUUAUGUAACUUUUACAUUACGAUAAUUGUAAUUUUUAAUUUAAAAUGCCUAUUUUAGUUCUUCUAUGUUUAUUAUAAUAUGAUAUAAUAUAACAUAUUAUACUUAUAAAAAGGCCUGAAAAAACUGCAGCAUAAUACAUUGCAGAAAUAUGACAGUAGACAGUGAAAGGAUAGCUUUCCGUUUUCACAACCGGUUCUACUGGAUUAUUUUCUUGUAUUUAUUAAAAUAUUGCAAAAUACUUUUGCCUAUAGGAAAGUUAAGGAAUUAUAAAACAAUGAGAUUCACAUUGUACCAAUCUCUGUUACACAUAAUAAAGUGUUAUAACAAUAUAAAGUAAUACUUGAUGAAUGGCUUGACCAUGAAUAUUUUUAGAGUCAAGACAUAAAUUUCUUUUGUUCCGCAUUGUUUUUUCAAGACUAUGUUACAGUGUUUCUUCAAAAUAAAUAGCAAGUAUUAAAAUUCCAUAAAUUUAUCAGGUAUACGAUUUUUAGGCAGGUCAUAUUUUCGAGUAUUUUAUUCAUUCAGGUAAAAAUAAUGUACGGGGAAGUAUUGAAAAUUCGUGUUUUAUCGAGAUAUCGUGACUUUAGCAUUUCCAUGCAAAUAUAAGUAUUAACACUGAGUACUGUGAUUUAUGCACAGUGUUUUAUAGAAAUAAUUGAAUUUUAAAUGUUAAUACAUACUUAUAAUUUCAGAUGUAGCCCAAACUAAUAAAGAUAUAUGGUCAGAUCAAGAAUUGGCAUCUGUUGGGGAAUUGCUCUUGGAUAUAUCUAUACAACUCGCUAAAAAGUAAAACAUAGAAUAAAUCAUUGUGUGUACAAUUCAUUAUUUAAAAAAAAAUUAUAAUAGUUAUAUUUGAUAUACAGCUAUGGACUUUCAUACGAAGAAGUAGAAGAAGGAUUACCUAAAAUAGAUACGUCCAGAACCUUAAUUAGAGAAGUUUGUCCGGCAUUCUUGUCCAAUGUCGAAUGCAGACCAGGUAAAUACAGGCGGUACGACGGUUUAUGCAAUAACGUCAAGCAUCCAACAUGGGGUGCUUCAAAAACGCCAUUUUCGAGAUUAGUCGGACCAUUAUAUUCAGACGGUAUGAGCGCACCGAAAAGUACAAGUGUUAAUAACAGAAAACUCCCAAUCGCUAGAGAAGUCUCUAGAACAAUGCACCCCGAUGAAGGAUAUCACGAACAUGCUGCUACUGUAAUGUUGGUUGCUUUUGGUCAGUUUAUGGAUCACGAUUUCACACUUAUGAGCACACCUGUCGGUGAGUGUGAUUAGUAUUUUUUAGUAUGAUGGGGACAUAAUUCAAGUUACCAUUAAUUCUGUCAUUUAUAGGUAUUAAUAUCGUUUAAACAAAAAUAACGAUAGCAAUACAAUUUCAAAUUAAAGUGUAAAUUGUCUAAAAAAUAAUACAUUUGACUUAAAUAAACUGAUUAAUUGAAAUAAAACUCGUAUUUCUAUUAGAUCCAAUCAACAAGAAUGAGCCAGAAGAAUGUUGUAAUCGACCACCACAUUUAAAAAAUCCUUACUGCAAUGAAAUACCCAUCCCCGAUAAUGAUUACUUCUUCGGUAAAUUCAAUGUUAAAUGUCUUGAUUUUGUAAGAUCGUUUCCAGCAGUUAGACCAGGAUGUCGUUUGGGUAAGUCAAUUAAUUCAAAUUAUUGUGAUUUACAUAUUUAUUCAAUUUUACACCUAAUACACAAUCGGUUUUAUUUUAAAUAUAUAUUUUAACAACAAGUUUAACAUAAUAUGAACUAUUGAUCUGAAAUUACAAUAAUUUGUUGGUACAUACAUAAUAUAUAUGUAUAAAGGAUUGUAAAAAAAUAGACGGACUAACUUCGCACCACGGGUGGGCCACUGUUGUAGAUGAGAAGUUAAAAAGAUAAGAUAUAAAAUUUAAUUUAAUUUAUAUUUGUACAUAACGAUUAAUCAUUGGUAACGAAAAAUAAUUCUGAGUGGAACUUCGGUCAAUAGUAUUGUUUUUCCAACCAUGUGUAUUUUCACGACAACAAUACAACAACGAUUGUUUAAAAAAAUAUUAAAAAAAUAAAAACUUAAUAAUAAAAAAAAAAAAAAAUGAAAACCAUGAAAUGGGACACUUUUUCUAUUACUGACUAUUAUCACAUAUCACUUAUCUCAUAUUUCUUUAUACGUAUCGUUAUCUUAUUUAAAUGAUAGGAGAUAUACAUUAGAGGUACGUGAUAAGAGAAAAAGGCGUAAAAUCGUCAAAAUCAAUCUCGAUUUUUGUUUUAGAUUUUGAGCAGAGCGAGGAAUGUAUUGGUUUUAUAAUGAUAUACAUAUAUUUUUUUUCUACCAACAACUUUUCUACCAGAAAUUUUACUCCGACUUCAUGUAUAGCAUCUUUUCUGAUAGUAAAUUUAAUUGAGGUGGUACUAAUGGAUCAUUUUUUGAAUUUUUUAAGCGGUUUUUAUAAUUAUUGGGAAAGACGUAGAGAAAACGAGAAAAUGUACGAAAUGUAUUAUUAUUGAAUUGUAAAUAUUACAGCCUUUUAAAACAUGUAUAUUAAAACUCCAAUACGAAUUGUUUAUCAUUAAAAAUGAUUAAUCUUUACUUACAGAUAUACAUUAAAUUUUUCCUUUACCUUUACAACUUCUCCUCUACAACAGUGACCCACCCAUCGUGUGAAGUAUGUUCAUUUGUUUUUAUUAUUAUUAUUAUUAUUAUUAUGUCUUUUAUUGGGUUAUACAGUUUCCGAUUUUUUCAUAUUUUAUAAUUGAUAUUUAUAUAGAAAGCUAUGUUUUAGGUUUUGAAAAUUUUGGGCCAAAAAAAUAGCAUGAGCCGGUAUAGUAGGGAUUAACCAGCCAAAAUGAAGUUUUGAAGUUUGAUAUUGAACUUGUAUUUAUCAAAAAAAGUACUAUUCCUUCUUUUGAUUUACAAUUGUAUUUGGACUUCGGUAUAAUAUUUCAUUUCAAUGAUAUACGUGAUAUAUAAAUUUAAUACAAUACUAUACGCUAUAAAUAUCUACCUAUAAUUUAAAAUUUAGAAAUAAGAAUUGAAAUUUAAUUUUUUUAAAAGACGUAUUAUUAAGUUUAUGAACAAAAUAUUGAAAAACGGAGUUCAAUGUGAUCUGUAGGAAGUCUUUAUCUUUUUAAUCAACAUAUUAUCUCUGAAAUCGGACCACUCUAUGAGGCAUGGGAGUUUUUUUUUCGAUAGGACAUAUUUUGAGUCAAAAUACACUCCUUAAUAUAGUUUCUAUGAAAUAUUAUUUUAUUAGCAAUUUUUUUUGAUUUUGAAAAAUAUAUUAUUUAGGAUCAAGAGUGGCAUUCAACACUUUGACAGGUGUAAUUGACGCAAAUACUGUGUAUAGUGUAUCUGAAGACUAUAACAGGUAUUCAUAUUAAAUUUAUACUAAUAUUUUAAUUAUUAUUUUAGGUUUGUAUAUAAAAUUGUUGCGUUUAAAUUAAAUAUUCUGUACAAUUAACAAUAUAAAUUGGUUAAAUUAUAAAAUAUUAUAUUAUAAAUUAUAACACUUUCUCACUCUUUUGGAGACGAAACAAUAAUUAGAACCAUAAAUACUCCUAAAUAUUUUUGGUUCAUAUUAUAUUGUAUACUUUUAUGAUAACAGUAGUAUCUACACACAUUGGCGCCGACUUCAAUGGGAAAACAGGGGAAAUCGUCCCUGUACUUUGAUUUUAAGGUGGCAUUGCUCUCAUAAUUUAAUUACAAUGGAGAUAAAAUGUAAAAAUAGUACUUCGCUUUUAUGUAUGAAUAUUAUUUGAUUAUUAUUGAAGCAUUUAUAGUUAAUGAGUUUUGACAUAGACAUUUUAAAAACAACUUAUUGUUAUAUGUAUAUUGUAUAUAAAUAAUAUCCUUGUACAGUAGUUUAAAUUUUUUUAUUUGCCCCCGUGCUUAAAUCUCAAAGUCAGCACUUAUGCCUAUACAAAUUUAAUCAUACAUUGUUUUAUAUUUAUAAUUUAUAGAUUCAUUAAUUUUAGCUAUAUGCUUAUGUAAUUUAAAAAAUGUAACAAAUUACGAAUAAACACGGUCGUAAACCUAAAUAUUUAAUAGAACUCCAUACUAAAAUCAAAUUAACAACCAUCUCAGCCAUCUUUUCAUAAAUAUAUUUUUUGUUUUUCUUAAAAAAAUGUACCCCUGUAAAAACUAAUAAAUUGGAAUUUUAUUAUUAUUAGAAUACUAUAAUGCAUGCUGGUAACUAAUAAUAAUAUUGCAAUUUGUGUAAAUACUAUGUUCUCGAAAAUUUAUAAAACGCAGCAAUAGUUUCACAAACAUCCAUUAACAUAAUAAUUUGAUAUCAUUUUUAUACCUGUCUUUAUUAUUUUCAAUAAAAAUAUAUUUAUUUUAACUAUUUUGAUUAUUUUAAUUUUGAUUAGACAUUUGAGAACUGGUUAUGGAGGUUUACUUCGUAUGAACCCAGCGUUUGCUGAUUAUGGAUUAAAGGAUUUGUUGCCUUUGAGACUUAAAGAUCCAGAUGAAGGAUGUACCAGAGUAAACCGUACGCAAUAUUGUUUUGAUGCAGGUAUCUACAUUCAAUUAUUAUAGUAAUUUCUUUGAACUAAUUCCAGGUACCUAUGUAGAUAAAAAUGUAUAUUUUAUUUUGAUUAUAACUUGUAACCAAUUUAAAUGAAUAUAUUUGGCUUUUCAAUUUUUAGGAGAAGUCAGGGUAAACGAACAACUUGUAUUGGCCUCCAUGCACACGUUAUGGGCUAGAGAACAUAAUCGGGUAGCGAAAGAAUUAAACAAAAUUAAUCCUCAUUGGGAUGAUGAAACAGUAUUCCAAGAAGCUAGGCGGAUAAUUAUUGCCGAAAUUCAACACAUUACAUAUAACGAGUUUUUACCCACAUUGCUCGGAAAAGGAGUGAUGGAAAAAUUUGGAUUGUUGUUACAAAAAGAAGUAAUUAAAGUGGUUUAAAAUCCUUACAACUAGAAAUAAUAUUAAAAUUAAAAAUUUUAACUACUAAAAUGAGAAGUUGAAGAAUACUAAUUGAAUAUAAAUUCAGUAAAUACAAUAUAAUACAGAAUGAAUUAGACAAUUUCCAUUCGUAAAGCACGACUAAAAACUAAACAAACUUAAUUAGCUUCAUUAUACUUGAAUAGAUAUAGUUUUUUUUAACUGGAAACUGUCAUAUUUAGUGCCUUUCGGCAGCAACUGCAUAUUAUACUCGUAUCUAUAAUUAUUUAGAAAUACAGUGAAAGCAAUAGUUAUUUGGUAUCUACUUAUAAGUUAUUAGGCACUUAUCAUAUUACAUAUUUAAUAAGUACGAUCGUAUAUGAAUAAUCCAUAAGUGGAGAAAGUUAAAAAAUAAAUAGCUUUUAGAAAAUAAUAAUAGAACUAGAUGAGUGUUUAAAUAAAUUAGUAAAUUAGUUUGCGUGCAUAAAAUAUAUGUAUGGUCUAAUGAAGCGUAAAACAGUGUAAAAUUUAAUUCUUACAUUUCUUCACAAAUAUGAUUAUAUAGGUAUAUUUUAUGUGUGGAGUUACCUAUAAUUAAAUAUUUAAAUAUUAUAUAACUUGAAAUUUUUAAAUAUUUAUAUUGAUAAUUAUUUUGAUACAGUUAAAAAUAUAAAACGUACUCAUAAAAUCGAAUCAAAAGUUAAUUUUAGAAUAAUUAUUUUUAUAUCAUCAAUAUAACAUUAAUAUACGUUUAUACUAUGAAUAAUUAAGACUCAAGAAUUUAACAAAUAUCAUUGAAUAAAUUAUAAAUAUCAUUUUUUUAGGGCUAUUGGGAUGGUUACGACCCAAAUGUGAACCCAAAUAUUCUCGCCGAAUUUUCAGCAGCUGGUUUUAGAAUCGGUCAUACAUUUUUGCCAACUUCAAUAGAAAGAUGGAGUAAAUCUCACAAAUUUAUUGGUAAUUUCAAAAAAAUUUUAUUACUCAGCGGAUGGACGAUACUGAUAAUAUUGAACUAGUUUUAAUUUAUUUGUCAUAUAGCGUCUAAAAAAUUGUCUGAUCUUAUCCGCCGCCCAUAUGAUUUGUACAGAGCUGGAGUUUUCGAUGAGUAUAUGAUGGGGUUGACCAAUCAAGUCGCUCAGGCUAUGGACGAUUCAAUUACACAAGAGGUGACGAACACGUUAUUCAAAAAACCGGGUAAUAGGUUCGGAGUAGAUUUAGUAUCAUUUAACAUCCAAAGAGGUAGAGAAUUUGGAUUACCUGGGUUUAUGGAAUAUAGGUAAGUGUGAUUGUAUUUAAUUAAUUAGAAUAGAGGUUUUCGCAAUAAUUGGGUGUCUAAAAAUUUGCAUUGCCAUACAAUUUUUAAUAAACUUACACAAUUGGUUGUUAUUUAAGAGUACUAAACAUAUUAACAUAUAUUUUUUUUUUUACUAACGUAUAAUUUUCCUUAUGGUUUUAGAAAAUUCUGCGGUCUCCCAGCAUCUGAAUCGUUCCAUAGUCUAUCUGGAGCUAUGCCGAACUCCACAUUGCACAGAUAUUCAACCAUAUUUGAGUAAAUAUAAAUAUUAUUUUGCACUUACGUAGGGCUACAUGUUUAAAACCAUAAUGGAAAAGUUGCUCACUUCACGUGAAGGAUUCAACUAAAAUUUGACAAAAACACUUUGCUGUUAUUUUUUACACAUAGAUUGAUGGUAUAUAUAUAAAAAAAAUAAUAUAUCAUUUAAAGUUUUACAAAAUCGUCAUAUGAAGAAAAACUAUCUGUGUAGUUUAACUUAGAAUGAAAUGUAAUUUAAUUAAAAUAGUUAUAUACUUCGAUUUUUGAAUUAUGUGUUAUUUUAAAAUAUGAACAUUUAAUUCUUUCAGUUCUCCAGAAGAUGUAGAUUUAUGGUCUGGUGGCGUGUCCGAAAAACCGUUACCGGGAAGUAUGGCUGGUCCUGUAUUUUCGUGUAUUUUGGCUACUCAAUUUAGUUAUGCCAGACGAGGUGAUCGGUUUUGGUACGAGUUACCAAAUCAACCGUCUUCAUUUACUCCAGGUAAUUUGCUCGCAUAGAUUUUUAGUGAAAAUAAAAAAAAUCAAUAAUAAUUAUUAAUUAUUGUAAAUAAACUAAUUGUAUAUGUUUUAGAACAACUUCACGAAAUUCGAAAAACAAGAUUAUCUCGAGUGGUAUGUGACAACACCGAUUUGAUCGAUACCAUUCAAAUGUGGCCGAUCGUUUUACCCGAUCACGAAAUGUAAGCCACAAAAGUCUAUUCUUAUUUUUAUCUUUUAGUUAUUAUAUGUUUAGUUUUUACCAUUAAAAGAACGUGAUAUCCAUAUGUGCGGUAUCCGUCUUACAAACGUACGACAUAGCAAAUUUGUGUUCAGCUGUGACAACUUUGUGCUAUGAGGUUUAAUAUUAGAGUGAAUUGGCUUAUUAUCGAAAUUAAAGAUUAGAAUAUUAUCUGUACAACUAUGUUUAUUUCUUUCAAGAUUUAAUUUUUAAGUAACACACAAGCAUUUUUAUUUUGUGAUAUUUCACAGCCGAAUCUCACUUAAAAGUUAAAAUAUCGAAAAAAAAACCAACGCAAUUGCAUAGAUAACGUUCCUACAUUUAGAUUUGAUAAUAGUUCAAAUAGUAUUAAAACUAACAGCAUAAAGUUUCCCUUGCUGAAAGCAAAUUUGCUAGGUCGUACGUAUGUAAAUGAGAAACUACUGUCAACAACUAUCAGGUUUUUCAACAAGUGGUGUCAUUUUAAAUCAACAGAAUAACGAAAUGUUUUUGUGAGAAGUGGUGAUAUUUUAAUUUUAAUACAAAGUGCAAAUCCUGAAGUUAGUAAUGAAAUACAAUAUUUACAAAAUAUCCACCUAUGUUCUUUUUAUAACCGGUAAUAUUUUUAAUGAAAUUUUCCAUCCUGUUUUCACUAAUUAGUGGCUAUAUUUUGCAAAUAGAAACUAAAAUAUAGUCUUGGAGUGCUUGAAUCGUUGUUGGAGUAUUGGCCUAGAUUUUUAGCUAAAAUGCUUUGAUGAAAUCCCUCCAAAAAUAUAAAAAAAAUAUGGUCCAUUUACACCAUCAGCCCUAAAAUCACACCAAACUAUAACUCGUUAUAGUUGAAGAGAUUAUUUAACUAUUUCUCUUGGGUUUUCAGAGUCCUAUAGAUACGAUAGUUUUAUUAGUUUACGUGCCCGGAUGAAAAUGAAGCACAUCACUCAGAAUAAUUUUGUUUAAAAAAUUAUGAUUUUUAGCAUUUUUUGUAGCGGAUGUUCAUUAUUUAAAUUUGUUAUAAGAGUGUAUAUAGAUUCAUAUCUGAUUACCUUUUAGUUUUUAUUAUUAAUGUUAUCGCAAUAUCAGUUGUAUUUUGUCAGUUCAAAAAUUGUAUUAAAUUUAAAUGACACCUGGAGGAUCUAUUAUACGAUGUGUAUUUUAUUAGCAUAAAAUGCAAAUAUCAAACAUAUUUUCCAGACAAAUUAAUUAUCUUUAAUUAAUUUAAUUAAUUUUGAUAAAAUAAUAAAAUAAUAAUUUUAUGAAAUUUAUGUUAUGAUUGUCUUUUUGUGUAGAAAUCCUCGAGUACCAUGCCGUAGUGGAAUUAUUCCCUCGAUAGACUUGACUAAAUGGGCUGAAUUUCCAGCAUCACGAUCGUCAUUAAACCUGGAUCCAUCGAUUUUCGAUCAAAUACCACCUAUACAUACGAUAUUUUAACAUUAUAAACGAAAGUUGUUUUAUAGUGAAAAACCAUUAAAUACGUGUACCUAUGUAUCGUAUUAUAAACACUCGUUUUCAGCCAUUAUUAAAUUAGAACCUAUAUAUAGUUUUGUUGUUGUUAUAUUUCUUGUAUAAGUAAACGAUAUAGGUAUGUAUUAAUAUUAAAAAAAAAAAAAAGUUGUAUUACCUUUACGUGUAUAUGUGGGAUUUAAUUGUACCCUGAAAAUGUAUUAGAUUCUACUUAUUUACAAAUUUGAACAACACUUAUAUCAUUAUUAUUAUAUUUUUUUAAACUAAAUAUUUACAUAUUAUAUUUUAAUGUACCUAUUUAUUUAAGGUAUACAUUUCCUGUUAAUCCUAAUUAUUAUUAUUUUUUUUAUGUAUACUUUAUAUGUGAAACAAUCAAAGCGGUAUUAAUAAUUAUUAUAAUAAUAUGUACCAUGAACGCUUAUUUUUUUUAUUUCGACUAAAAUAUGUAUAAUAAUAUUUUGUAUCGAUUACAUUUUUAUAUUUUUUAAACGUAUUUUAUUUCAAAUAUAUUAUAACACCCUGCAAAGUAUUAUUUUAAAUUUUCCUGGUCGGAUGUUUAUCGCUUACACGGGCGCCUACAGGCAAAAAUUUAGGGAGCGGAGACAACCCUAAUUUCCGUUAGAUAUUAAAAGCAUUAUUAUUAAUUUUUUUUAUAUUUAAAAUAAUAAUUGACUACUUAUUAUAAAAUAUUAACCUAGAACCAAUGUACAACCAGAUCAGUGUUUAUUUCUGGGAUUUACCGGGGGAGGGAGAUUAUUACCGCUCCGCAGAAAAAUGUAUAUCAUUCCCUGC